UUCAGCUGGGCUGGAGUCGGAUUGCGUCGGAUGUUUUUCUCCCUGUGAGACGAGCUCAGCGGGAGGUGUUGCUGGUUGCAUUUCGUCGGUCUUGCUCAUCGCUCCGGGCCUAUAUUUAACAUCUCAAUGAUCUCACACAGCCGGGAAGAAGGUGUCUGUUUUCCAAUCCGUGUGCACACUUGAGGGGAGAGGACCGACGACAUGGACCUGCACAUACUGGACCACAGGCUCCGGGUCAUCAGCAUAUCCAAGAACGGGCUGGUGCAUUUCACACACCCCCUGAUUAAACUCAUAUUUCUCCGGACCAGGACACGAUGUAAGUUUUUCAGUCUGACGGAGACGCCAGAGAACUACACCGUCGUCCUCGACGAGGAAGGAUUCAAAGAGCUCCAGCCCUCCGAGCAUCUCAAGGUAGAGAGCUCCAUCUGGCUGCCGCUCAACGUGGUCUCCAACGGCAACGCCUCCAGCAGCUCGCAGGCUGUCGGCGUCACCAAGAUCGCCAAGUCGGUCAUCGCCCCUCUGGCCCAGCAGCACGUCUCCGUCUUCAUGCUCUCCACUUAUCAGACCGACUUCAUCCUGGUGAGAGAGAAGGACCUGUCGGUGGUCAUCAGCACUCUGGAGGAGGAGUUCAACAUCUACAAGGAGGUGGGAGGAGAGUCCGUCCCGGUGCUUUGUCAGGACGUGGCCAACGGCCUCCAGAAGAACGGCAAAGAAGCCCUCCAGCCGACGGUCCACCCGGUGCUGAUCCCUCUGAACCAGUUCUGUGUCAUGUCUCUGGACCCGGACACACUGCCGUCCAUCGCCACCACGCUCAUCGAUGUCCUCUUUUACUCCAACAGUCCUAAAGAAGAUGCACAGUCGUCUCCUAGCCAGGACUUGGACUGCAUCAAGUUCUUCUCCUUCUCCCUCAUUGAUGGCUACAUCUCACUGGUGAUGGACACUGAGGCGCAGAGACAGUUUCCUGCUGAUCUUCUCUUCACCAGCUCAUCCGGGGAGCUGUGGAGGAUGGUUCGUAUAGGGGGCCAACCGCUGGGCUUUGAUGAAUGUGGUAUUGUUGCCCAGAUAUCUCAACCUUUGGCUGACAGCGACAUCUCUGCCUAUUACAUAAGCACCUUCAGCUUCGACCAUGCUCUGGUCCCCGAGGAGGACAUAGUGAGCGUGACAGAAAUGCUCCAGCAUCAGAGGAAAGAACCAGCAGCUAGUUGAUUUCUGAAGUCCAGCCUGAGCUGGAUGAUCCUGGCUCAAUAUGCCGCCCCUCACUCCAGCUCCAGUGGCCAAUGGUGGCAGGCCAGCAGGACAAGAGGCUAACCCUGUGCCUAGACUAGCACUGCAUCGCCAGCAGUAUUAACUACUACAAACUUGCCAUGAACACCAGAAGCGCUUCUCUACGGUGUGCAUAUACAGUUUGUCCGUGAGGCCUCCUGUCUUACCUAUCUAAGGCAGGAUGCACUGAGUCCCAGGGGGCCCACAAGCUCACGCAUGCACAUCUAAAUGCACAAACACUCCUAAACACAUACACAUCCAGACAUGCACACUCGUUCAUUCAAAUUUACCCAAGCACAAAGUCAGAUAUAUGAUAGACUCUCUCUCUCAAAUGCCGAUCUCGUGGUCUGAAGUUGAAUUGUUCAUAAUUUUAUUUUGAUGCAAACGGCAGAUCACACUUGCAUACAUUUACACAGUGCUAUAAACACACAACUUAGUCUUCCAGUAAUGUUUAUAUCAUAAUGCCAUGUGUCUAAACAGCCUUCUUUUUCAAAUUAAAGGCCAUUUUGCAGCAAUUUUUCUUCUGUGAAACUGAAAACGUGAAUCUUGAAAUGCAAGGCAGUUGUGAGAAUGUUACAAUCUUACAAUCAUUUUCAUGCAGAAGAAAACUGAGAAUUUCUAUUUUUUGACAACAGGGCUCACUCAUUUUGGUUUAACAGGAAUGUGCAGGUAGUUCUUAUAUAUUAAAACUACUACAAAUUCUGUCAAACAGGACAGUAGGCUUGGUCAGUGCUUUCUUUUUUUUUUUAAGAGGUCAGCAUUUCUUAACUAGUAUUACCCAAGGUCAGUAACACUAUGUCUUAUUUUUUUGUUAUUUGCACAAUACACUUUUGAUUUAGCUAAUAUCCCUCAGAUGUUUUCUUUGGUACAACUUUUGUACAAUUUGAAGUAUUCUUUAAACAUUUGUAAUUUUUGUGCUGCUUCAU